GGCCCAUAGAGCCCGGCCGGACCGCGUGGAGCCGAACCGGGCCGGCACAGCACAGCCGGACUGGGCCGCCGCAGCGCUCAGCCUCUGCCCUGGAGAUCAGGAUCUGUGCCAAGGUGCUAAAAGUUUAAAAAUGGGGCGUCGCUCGUCAGACACAGAGGAGGAGACCAGGAGCCGGAGGAAGAAGAAGCAUCGCAGGCGCUCGUCGUCGAGCAGCUCCUCGGACAGCAGAAGCUACAGCCGCAAGAAGGGCGGAAGGAAGUCGAGGUCGCGGUCUCGAGAGCUCCAGUCUCGUUCCCAUUCUUAUGAGAAAAGACGCAGACACAGAUCCAGCAGCAGUUCUUCAUAUGGCUCUAGAAGAAAACGCAGUCGUAGCCGGUCAAGGGGCAGAGGAAAAUCCUACAGGUCUCAAAGAUCAAGGUCAAAGAGUCGAACAAGAAGAUCACCAUCAAGACCUCAUCAACGAUCUUGUAGUCGAAGUAGUGAAAGAUCCGGGCAUAGGAGAACUCAUAGCGGGUCUCGUGAAAGAGAAUGGCGUAAAGGCAGAGAGAAAGAAAAAGUGAGAGAGAAAGAGAAAGGCAAAGGAAAGGAGGAGAUAAGUGGCACAAAGCUUGGGGACUCCGGAAACAUCAAAGCUGGAUUAGAACAUCUGAGCCCGGCGGAGCAGGCCAAGGCCCGGCUGCAGCUCGUGCUCGAGGCGGCAGCCAAAGCAGACGAAGCUUUAAAGGCCAAGGAGAGAAGCGAAGAAGAAGCAAAGAAAAGGAAGGAAGAAGACCAAGCCACCCUAGUGGAGCAAGUCAAGCGGGUAAAAGAAAUUGAAGCCAUUGAAAGUGACUCCUUUGUUCCGCAGAUGUUCAGAUCGAGCAAAGACCUCAGAAAGGGCACCGAGGCUGCCGAGCUGAGGCUGGAGCCUGGAGCGGGCGCAGCGGGAGCUGCCGACGCGGCCGCCCCUGAGAAGGAGGCGACGACGGCGGCCGCCAUCCCUACCACCAUCAAGUACCAGGACGAUAACUCCUUGGCUCACCCCAACCUCUUCAUUGAGAAGGCAGAAGCAGAGGAGAAGUGGUUCCAGAGGCUGAUGGCGCUGCGGCAAGAAAGGCUCAUGGGCAGCCCGGUGGCCUGAGCGAACUGCUGGGAACGUCGUACAGAAAUGCCCCGUGAGGCCUAGAAAUCCUACCCUGACAUUUAUUUUUCCCUUUUCAUGGGAUUUUAAUACUCAGUGAGUGGUACCGAGAACAAGUAUUUCAUCUGAAUAAACAGGAAUGUUCCAUCAUCCGUUUUUUUCCUUAAUUCAUUACAGGGUCACUCGUACUGCUAAGCUACCUGCUGCUGCAGGGAAGGGGAUCUUGGGGGUGUCAUUUGGUUUGGUACUGAAUUUCUCUGUGCAGAAGACCAGAAGACUUGAUGGAUCAACCCCCCAAAAAAUACCAUUCUAUACCUACAUCUAUAUCCAUAGCCUGUCCAAGAAAGUUCAGAUUGAGCAGAGCACAGAUGAUACACCUGGGCCACCGGAUCUUGUGCAGCGGAGGAAGGAUCCAGGGCCAAGGUUAUUGCUGUUUCCUUUUCUUUGGUCGCUUUUCUCCUUGCUGCACUCACCUGCCUGCUCCAGACUGACCCUGGUUGCUUACGUUGGCCGUCUGAGCGCAGUGUCACCUUUGCUUUAAAUUCACCCAAGCAUCUACCUGCUCCUGUCAGGAUACAAGAGAUUCAGCAGAUGUAACUAAAAAUCACGUUAUGCUUUUAAACAAAUUGGUGGGAGUUUUCAGAAGGUUUCAGUAUUUCCUAGUUAGUUUUAAGAACAAUAAAAUGAUGAAUAUUCUGGAAUAUGGGGCACAUUUAAUGGCAAAUACUAUAAAUAUUACUGUGUGCAUUGGUAGGAACUUUUAUUGAACAAAACUAGUGGCAUAUCCAAACGGAGCAACUCUCUUUAGUAUAUGAAGCUCCCAUUUGUCAAAGUAAGGCUUUAAAAGAAUGAAUUCUGUCAUGUUUGGGCUACCCUCCAGUUUGUCUCACAGGCACCAGUCAGUGUAUGAACAUCAAACACCAUCCAAACCAGGAAAAACCAAAGCAUUUCUGCCAAGUUACCAGGCAAAUCCCCACAUCUGUGGGAAAACUAGAGUAUCAGUGGAAGAUUAAAAUAAGUCUUGCAGUUCUGGACAUACAUCAUUGGAAAUUACAUCAGUUUUGUGCUUGAAUGAAGAACUUCCUACUCUUUUUCUAAUGUUACUUUUCCUUGUUCUUGGAUUUGUAGUGAAAAAAUGGACAGUGCAAAUACAUCUUAAUGGUCAUCUUAUUGCCUAAUGAUGUGAAAGGAAGAUCUCUUAAAAAUAUGCUGGAAUGCAAGAUUAACUUUUCUUAACAGUCUUAGUUUUACUG